AAAAUAUACCACACCAAGAGCUUGCGCCGCGGACCUCCAUCGACCACUUGGACGACAACCACCCGCGAGGCACACUCUUGCGCGGGUGCAGUUCCCCACAGCAACAUGCAGAUCGCGUCGGAUGUUUUACGUCCAUCAGAUGUGUCAACGAUCCAGGUGUUCAUAGUUGACCACUGCAAGCGAGAUGGCAAGACCAGGUACAUCAUGAACGCACUGCACGUGGGCACUCGAGCGAAGUGGGCCGUCGAACACAGCUACUCGGAGUUCCUCUCUCUCCGCGACAACCUGCACACGUGCGUCAAGUUUGCCAGGCAUCGGUGCCCAGGAUGUGUGAGCUAUACUCGAAUGCUCGAUCGCUUUCCGUUUCCGCCAAAGAAGCUCCUUCACUUGUCAAAUGGAGCUAUCGUUCAGCGUAGCAUCCAACUAUCGCGCUUCAUGACGAACGUGAUGUCCCAUACUUUUACGACCACACCAAAGUGCCAGGUGUGCGGAGGUACGGCCUUUGACCUGACGAAGAUGUUCCUUCUUGACGGCGCGACAUCGAUGAACGACGCGUUUUCGAUGAAUUCCAUUGCCGAAGCAUUGGUCCCCCGAGCAUUCUUCGUCGAGUACUGCCGUUCAUCAAGUAAGAUCGAAUGCUACAAAGGCCGGACCAUUGUGAAAGUGGUGCAAGUACAGCGACAUCCCUUGGCAGCACUUCGAUCGCCAGUUUUGUCACCAUCGUCGCCAAUCAGCUCAAACGAACCACAGGUUUGUGAGGAUGAAGACGACGAUUUCGCUUCCCUCGCACGUACCCUUGAUGCAGAGCUACGGCAUACCAACAGCGUUUCCGUCGUCUAAUCCAGGCCUUCCACAGCGCCACCGCCAGCCGCCGCGCCAUAUUAAUUCUACUUCACGACUGUGACUAAACCUUUGUCGAGCAAGCUUCAACAUGGAUUAUAUUAUUUUUCUUUGAUGAAUAUCUUGGUUUCAUGAGGUACAAAAAAAUAUCACGA